AUUGUUAGUCAUUUUAUUUUAAUUUUACAAAAAGAGAGGGGAGGAGUUGAAAUGCUAAAAAAGUAGAUACUUGGUAAACUGGAUCCAUAAAGUAGGAUAGAACACAAGGGAAGAUGCAAUGAAGCAUCUCCACUUUGUCCAAUCCUCUUUUCUUUAUUAAAUGCAGAGAGAGAGAAAGAUAGCCAUAGAAAGAGAAAGAGAGAGACAGAUCUAACGCCAUACCCUUUCUUAUAAUUAUUAGCAGAAGAUUUCAACCAAUUGUUCUCCACUUUUCCUUACCCCCCCUUUUUUCCUCCAGAUCAUCUUCUUCAAAGAGAAAAUGCAGUCGAUGCUUAACCUCCACGGAACCUACGGCCUCCCUCUUUCUGUUUCUGGGAUCACCCACCAUCUUCCUCUCUCCAACGAGUACCCUCUUAGGUUGGUAGAUCAUGAUCGCAGAAGGGAAGCUAUAAAGAAACAAAGAUCACAAGCUAGAGAGCGUUUGCAUGCGAAUCAAGAAAUGGGUUUUGAAAGAUUAGUGGUUAGAGACUUCCAGGAAGGUGAGAUGAAUGAAGAUCUAGCAAGUUUUUUGCAGGAUCCAUAUUGUUCUCUACUGGGUCGUACAGCUAAAGCUGCUUAAAUGGCUUGUUUUAGCAAUAGUUAAAUCAAUUAAUUAAUUAAUUAUUGUAUGCUUUUUUCAAUAUUUUCUUAGGAUUCUAAUUCUAUAGCUUCUUUAUACUGUAUAAUUAAUUAAUAUUACCUAAUUUUGUUUGAUUUGGCAAUAUUAUUCUUUUUUGGGUGA